UUCAUGUACAAGUUGACUCCUUUCAUUAAAUUUAAAAAUUGAUAUCUACAGGUGUCAGAAGAUAUUCAAACUCAAAUUACUGUGAACUGUGUAUGAUAUUAUGGUUGUAAUUGUGUAACGUCAUUUACAUUAUUAGCAUAUCGAGAGUUAAAGGUUGAGUUUGUCAAUAUUGAAUGAUGAAAAUCUCUAUUGAAAAAUAUUCUUACUCUCUACUAAUCCUCACAAAGAAAUGAUAAUUAAGAGCUAUGUGGUCUAAAAUAUUAGAGGAAAUAUGCCUUCUUCUUGAAACCUAUAAAGGUAGAGACAAGAUUCUCCGAACACUGAGUUAUUUGAGUAAACUGGGUGGUGGUUUGCACAAUAAUGAAGAGUUUGCUCAAAAGAUGUUACUGUUUGGAAAGAAAAUGUCAGAGGCCAGGGCAACGCUCCGCUUAUUUGAUGACAUUCCCAUGUUGAAAUACACUUUGGAGUAUGGAUUAGGGAAAAAAGAACCCGACAGGCUCAUGGCACAGUUAGGAGUUAUAACAAACAUCAUUGAUCAAGUAUACUAUCCCAUUGAAAAAAUGUCAUGGCUUGCUGAACACAAAUUAGUUACAGGAAUCGACAACAACAAAUGGGAUACCAUAAGUGCCUUCUCUUGGGUACUGUCUAUUUAUUUAACACUUUUGAGAACUUUCAGGUACAUUGCUGUCUUACAAAGGCAUAAGAAAUGUGUAACAAAGGACAACAGUAUACCUCUAGAAAAAAUACUGCAGCUGCAAAAAUACGAAAUAUUGACUUCUCUCAGACUGAUAAUUGAUUUGAUACACGCUGUAAAUACUCUUCCUCCAGGAAUUCUAUGGUCUUGUAAACUCAAAACGUGGCAGGUGGGAUUCAUAGGCACUGCAUCAUCCUUGCUUGGAAUAUAUCAAAUUUUCUACAAGAGGACAUUGAAAUAGUUCCCGAUAUUUUUCCUUUCAGUACUAGUACAAAAAAGGGGGGUUUUAAUUUCCAUAUUUGUCAUAUUAAUUACUGAACAGUAUAGUUGAACUUGCAUAUUUUGCUGUGAUCAUUGGAGACUAAAAAUGGUUUCCAAGGGAUUUAAGAAUUGUAUACUACAGUACAAAAUAGUUCAAAAGGACAGAUUCAGACAUCAAGUUUUUCAAGCCAUGUUUUGGUUCAACUAUUUCUAAGUAAACUUUAUAAAAACACAGAUAAUAUCCCUAAAAGAUUCCAAAAAAGUAUUCUCUUAUAUUUUUCAAGAUGCCUAUCUAUUAUACAUUUUACCAUACAAGAUGUGAUAAUGUUAUUCAAUUUGUUAUUGUCAAUAAAUAUUUGUUUUUUCA